CUCCCCCUCUCCUUCGGCCCCAAAACCCUAACCUGGAUUGUCGACGCCCUCCGCUCCGAUGGCCCCAACAACCCCUCCAACCCUAACCCUAACCCUAACCCUAACCCGCCGCCCCAGUUCGUGCUCAUCGACUGCCCCGCCGGCAUCGACGCCGGCUUCGUCACCGCCAUCUCGCCGGCGAACGAGGCCGUGCUCGUCACCACCCCCGACAUCACCGCCCUCCGCGACGCCGACCGCGUGGCGGGGCUCCUCGAGUGCGACGGCAUCCGCGACAUCAAGAUGCUCGUGAACCGCGUCCGCUCCGACCUCGUCCGCGGCGAGGACAUGAUGUCGGUCCUCGACGUGCAGGACAUGCUCGGCCUCCCGCUCCUCGGCGUCAUCCCCGAGGACGCCGAGGUCAUCCGCAGCACCAACCGCGGCUGCCCGCUCGUCCUCACCCGGCCCCCCUCCCUCGCCGGCCUCGCCUUCGAGCAGGCCGCCUGGCGCCUCGUCGAGCAGGACACCAUGACUGCCGUCAUGCUCGAGGAGGAGGAACCCAAGAAGAAGGNUCGCCGACCUCGCCCCCAACCCUAA